AGUGCUAGCAGAGCUUUGGCAACUAAUUGAAAACGCAAACACUGCCAGCGCACGGGCAGAGCAUUCAGCUCGACAACAAUCAAGAUAAACCACCGUUGCAAAUCCAAAGACAAAUACUACCAAAUGAGCAGCAUUUAAAGAGCCAACAGCAGCAGCAGCAGCAGCAGCCGUAGUAACUAACUGGGUCAGUAAGCUUCAGCCGCAGCAGCAGCAGCAGCAGCAGUUACUGUUACUGUUGCCAACUUUUUCGCCCUUAAAGCUGGACCAGAGCUUCCUGGUAAAUACGGCCCUGGAACAUGAACUCCUCGAGUGGUGACGAUGAGGCGCCCAAGGAUCCGCGCACUGGCGGCGAGGACUUCACUCAACAAUUUACAGAAAACGAUUUCGAAGGACACCGCGCGCACACCGUUUAUGUGGGCGUCCACGUGCCGGGAGGACGACGCCACUCGCAGCGCCGUCGCAAGCAUCACCAUGGCGGCAGCGCCUCCGCUGGCAGCGUUGGCAGAGACAGCAUUAGCGACAAGCAACUGGAAGUGGAGCGUCCAGCGACGCCGCCCGCACAACGCGUACAAUUCAUACUGGGUGAGGAUGUGGACGAUGGCUCGCAUGUGUCGCAUCCGCUGUUCUCGGAGAUGGGAAUGCUGGUGAAGGAGGGCGAUGAGAUUGAGUGGAAGGAAACGGCGCGCUGGAUCAAAUUCGAAGAGGAUGUCGAGGAGGGCGGCAAUCGCUGGUCCAAGCCCCAUGUGGCGACGCUCUCGCUGCACGCCCUGUUCGAGCUGCGCGGCCUGCUGACCAACGGCACCGUCAUGCUGGACAUGGAGGCCAGUAAUCUGGAGCUGGUGGCCGAUCUCGUUUGCGAUCAGAUGGUGAGCAGCGGCACACUGCCGGCCAACGUCAAGGACAAGGUCAAGGAUGCCCUGCUGCGUCGACAUCGCCAUCAGCACGAGUAUGCGAAGAAGACGCGGCUGCCCAUCAUUCGUUCCCUGGCGGACAUGCGCAAUCAGUCGUCCUCAAAAAUUGAAGAACAGUCUGGGAGCAAUUUAAUGGCGACUACGCCGCUCUCGCUGACCGCCAGCGAGCCUGGACCACCUGGAAAUACCAAUGGCAGUACCGGUGCCCUGGGCAUGGGCAUGGGUCGGUUUUUAACGGUGCCCGGCAAGCCCAGCAACAGAACGCUCGAGAAAAAAUCAAAUUCCAAAAAUCUGCGGCCCAAACAAAAUCUGCCCAUGAUCACAGAGGACAUGGUGAAGAGCCCCAGCAGCCACUCGAUGGCCAGGCAGGCCAGCGGCACGGAGCUGGCCGAGCAGCAACACAAGGGCAACUCGCACUUCAUGCGCAAGAUACCGCCUGGAGCGGAGGCGAGCAACAUUCUAGUGGGCGAGGUGGACUUCCUGGAGCGCACACUCUCCUGUUUCAUCCGCCUCAGCCAAGCGGCUGUCAUGGGUGAUCUAACGGAGGUGCCAGUGCCAACCAGAUUCAUUUUCAUACUGCUGGGCCCACCGGGCAGCCAGAGUAAUUUCCAUGAGAUCGGACGUGCCAUGGCCACCUUGAUGUCCGACGAGAUCUUCCAUGAGGUGGCCUACAGGGCGAGGAAGCGCGAUCAUCUGCUCGCCGGAGUGGAUGAGUUUUUGGAUGCGGUCACAGUAUUACCACCCGGUGAAUGGGAUCCCACCAUACGCAUUGAGCCACCAGCGGCAAUACCCUCGCAGGAGAUCCGCAAGCGGCCGCCCGAGCUGCCCAAGGAAGAGAUCGAUGAGGAGGAGGAGGAGCAACGUUUGCGCGAAGAGUCGGGCCUGUCGCGCUCGGGUCGUCUCUUCGGCGGUUUGAUAAACGAUAUUAAGCGCAAGGCGCCUUGGUACUGGAGCGAUUUUCGAGAUGCCCUGUCGAUGCAGUGCGUCGCCUCCUGGAUCUUCUUGUAUUUCGCAUGCCUCUCCCCGAUCAUCACCUUCGGCGGCCUGCUGGCGGAGGCCACGGGCAAGAACAUGGCUGCCAUGGAGUCGCUGGUAUCUGGAUUCGUCUGCGGCAUGGGCUAUGGCUUCUUUUCCGGCCAGCCGUUGACAAUAUUGGGCUCGACCGGUCCAGUGCUGGUCUUCGAGUCCAUUGUCUAUGAGUUCUCGAUGGCCCAGGGCUGGGACUACAUGACAUUCCGCUUCUGGAUCGGCAUGUGGGUCGCCGGCAUUUGCAUCGUGUUGGUCGCGAUCGAUGCCAGCGCGCUCGUCUGUUACAUAACGCGCUUCACUGAGGAGAACUUCGCCACCCUUAUCGCGGUCAUCUUCAUCUACAAGGCCAUCGAGAACGUGGUGGUGAUAGGUAAGACCUUCCCGGUAAAUCAGGGCAUAUACGACUGCAUCUGCACUGCGCCGGCGAAGAGCAAUGCCAGCGACCUCGAGUUUGCCAAGUACAAAUGGGACACAUGUAAGCUCUACAAUGGUACACUCAUUGGCACCGACUGCGAUACUCCACCCACCGAAAAUGUCUUCCUCAUGUCCGUUGUCCUGUGUGCUGGCACCUUUAUCUUCUCGACCGUGCUCAAGGAAUUCAAGAAUGCCCUCUUCUUCCCCUCCAUUGUGCGACAGUACAUUAGCGACUUCUCUGUCCUGAUUGCCAUUUUCUCGAUGACCUUGUUUGACUACUCGCUGGGUGUGCCCACACAGAAGCUGGAGGUGCCCCGCGAGCUGAAGCCGACACUGAGUACGCGUGGCUGGCUGAUUCCCCCAUUCUGCGAGAAGAAUCCCUGGUGGUCAGCAAUCAUAGCCGUGUUCCCAGCGAUGCUCGGCACCAUUCUCAUCUUCAUGGAUCAGCAAAUCACGGCCGUGAUUAUCAAUCGCAAGGAGAACAAAUUAAAGAAGGGCUGCGGCUAUCACUUGGAUCUGUUUGUACUCUCCGGCCUGAUAGCCAUCUGCAGUGUGAUGGGUCUGCCAUGGUUCGUGGCGGCCACUGUGCUGAGCAUUAAUCAUGUCAAUUCACUGAAACUGGAAUCGGAGUGCAGUGCCCCUGGCGAGAAGCCGCAGUUCUUGGGUGUGCGCGAGCAGCGUGUGACUCACAUUAUGAUCUUCCUGACAAUUGGCGGCUCGGUGCUGUUGACACCGCAGCUCAGACACAUUCCCAUGCCGGUGCUGUUUGGCGUCUUUCUCUACAUGGGCGUGGCCUCGCUCAAGGGUCUGCAGUUCUUCGAUCGCAUUCUCAUCAUGUUCAUGCCAGCCAAAUAUCAGCCGGACUACAUGUUCCUGCGUCAGGUGCCCAUUAAGCGCGUACAUUUGUUUACUGCCAUACAGUUGGCCUGCCUGAUCAUCCUGUGGCUGAUCAAGAGUUUCUCCCAGACCUCCAUACUCUUCCCACUGAUGUUGGUGGUGAUGAUUGGCAUACGCAAGUCCUUAGAUUUUGUCUUCACACGCCGUGAACUGAAAAUCCUCGAUGAUAUUAUGCCGGAGAUGACGAAGCGCGCUGCGGCGGACGAUCUGCAUCAACUGGACGCUGAGGACAAUCAUCAUCAGCCGCCCGCCGGUUCAGCUGGAAGUGCUGCCUAUAAUAUGAAGAGUGGCAACGCUGGCACGGGCUCUAGUUCUGGCUCGGCUGCCACAACCAUCCACAUACCGUUAACGGGCAACAGCGGCAACAACAAAAUGGGCGGCACUGCUGCGAGCGGUGCGCCAACGGAGGUGAAUCGCACCACAGUCUGGCAGCAGAUCAACAAGGACGGCACCUCCGAGCAGCUGAUCAUACCCGUUACCGUUAAAGUGCGUCAUAUCAAUGGCAACCAUUCCUCAACCAAUGCUGCCCUUUCGCCACGCCUAUCGCCCAUGCACGAGGCCGAUGAGUAUAAUGAAAGCGCCGCUAACAAGAUGACGAACAACCAAAUGCUGCCAGCCAAUCAGCAACAACAGCAACAACAACAACAACAGCAGCAGCCAAGCAAUUGCAAGGAGGCGGCUGCCAAGCUUGAAGGUGCCGUUGUUACCAGCCAAAGUCCAGCGAACAUAACACCCGUCUAAGUGAGCCCCACUUAUGGGGCAUUAUCCAAAUUAUAUACCAAACUACCUAAGCGAACUCUUUCGUUCGCAGCAAACUCACAAUGCGUAGAACAAGUGCACAAAGUCGACCUAGAUCGUCUGAGAGUGUGAAUGUCGAAUAUCAGUAUCAUAAAAAAAAACAUGAAAAAAAUAUAUAUAUAUUAUAUACAUAUAUACAAAUUAAUCGUAGCGAUUUUUGACAAAGUUUGUAGAAUUUACUAUCAGCCUAAAGAGACAAACAAAUAUUCACAGCAUUCGUUUGGCAUAGAAUUCGAGCUGAGCUUAAACAGUUUUAGAAGUAUUAUU